UUUAUCAGAGUUUAUUUUCAGGAAGGAGUGAGUUUCAAUUCUCAAUAAUCCAACUGUGUGAUUCCCGUGUGACUUAAUGUUUCUUUGCUCUUUACUUAAAACACAUAGCAAAGUUCUGAGAAGCCAAAGCAACUAACUAACCAGGAACUAACCACUUCCUUUCCUCCGAGCCUGCUCAUGCUCGCCAGGGGCCAUGUUGAAGUUUCACUCAGUCUUUCUCUGUCUGAUGGGCAUCAUGUUCAACCGAGACCACGCUGCUCUUCUCUCCAUUCAACUGCUAACUGUGUGCCAAGUCUUUGCAGUGUCAGAGAUUGAAGACAGGAAUGAACUGGUGUCCAGAGGAGACUCCGUCGUCUUCACCUGCAACAUAUCUGAGACAAAUGUAACGCAACUCAUAUGGACCAAAGACAGAUUUCUUUAUGCGUUUUUGUUCCUAAAGAAUAUGUCUAUUUCAAAUUUCACAUCUCGCAGACUGAGAAUAGACAACAACUUACCUUCAAGGAUGAUUAUUUCUAACGUUCAGCAUGACGAUGCAGGAACCUACAGAUGUUGUUUAAUUGCCGUGAACAGUAUAAGGAAUAUUGAGUGGGAUUUAAAGGUGUCUGGAGAACCUGAAGAAGCCAGUCCAUUGAGGUACCCUCUCUACAUACUCACAGCCGUAAUUGGAUUUCUUCUAUGUGUAGUCACAGCUGUCUGCCUCUGUAGAAAACUCCGGGCCAGGCCACCAACCCAGAGUCCGGUCCCGGACCAGUUUCAUCCCCACUCAGUAGAGAUGACCUCCGCUGCACCGCAGGGGGGCACACACUCUGAGACAAACAAGCGCAGGAGUCAGUACAAAGAGACGCUGAAUUCAAUCUACGGCCUCUAAUGAGCUGAUGAGACACUUUAAUGAAAAGUUAAACAAGAGACACGGACCAAGCCGGGGCUUCAAGGGAAGGACAACCGAGUCACUGAUGCCUUUGUACAGUAUCACGUUACAUUAAAACCAGUGCCGUCACUUUAAGGCCUA